AUGGAGUCAAAAGGGAGUUUUUUAAAGAAGAAGGUGGGCAAUUCAGAUGUACACGACGAUGUCGAGGAGGGGAAAACGAUAUUUCUUAGAAAUAUCCCCUUUGGAACCUCCGAAUCUGAUCUUAAACAGUUUUUUGAAGAACGUUUUGGUAAGGUGAUUUACGCCCGUAUUGUUUUGUCUAGAAGCACUCACUUACCGAAAGGGGUUGCCUUUGUUAAGUUCAGGGAUUUGGAAGCGGUGAAACAUGUACUAGAUGCUAAUGAUGAGGCAAAUCAAUACAUAGUGAAAACAAAGAACAUGAAUAUGACAAAUAAAAGUUCAUGUACAUACUUAGAAUCUCUUGCACUGCCUCCUAAUGUAGGAAUACAAAUAAAUGGGAGAAGAAUUUAUGCUCAAAUAGCAGUAAAGCCAAGUGAGCUAGCAGAUAUUUCAAGUAAAAAAGACACAUGCAUGAACGAAGGCAUUAUUAAAUCGAAUAAUAACGGUCAUCUUGCCAAAUUCGGGGUCAUUCUACGUGGAACAAAUGAAGCGGUAGGCUUAAGUGAAAAUGAUUUAAGGAGGCGUGAGGAUGCUUGGCUUGAACGUAAAGUAAAACUGAAAAAUCCAAACUUUAUAGUAAAUCCAUUUAGGCUCUGUAUAAGGAAUUUACCUAAGACGGUCAGUGCUGUAGAACUGCGAAAGAUUGUUAUUGACUGCAUAACUUCACUAGAUAAAAAGUAUCUUUUAACAUUAAUAGAAAAUUGCAAACUUGAAAUUGAAAAAAUUGGGUCUGCAGGUCAAAAGUAUAUGAUAGAUCACUCUAAAUAUAAGUACUAUUUUGAAAGAUUUCUGUUAAAGUCAGCAAAAAAAUUUUCAAAAAACGAAUUUUUAAAGAUUUUGAAUAAAAUAGUUUCUUACAUCAGAAUAGUAAGAGAAAAUAGUUCUUCGGGAAGUAAAUCAAAGGGAUAUGCAUUUAUAAAUGUCCUUUCACAUGAAGUUUGCAAAUUAAUAUUAAAUACACUGAAUAAUAACCCCAAAAUAUUUGGUUCGGAGAGACGUCCUAUUGUAGAAUUUGCUGUCGAAGAUCAAAGAGCUAUUUAUAUUCAAAAGAAGAAGAGAGCACAAAAGGAUAAGGUGAAAAGUACACUGAAUAAAGAGUAUAAAUUAAGAGUCCCAAAGUUGAGUCGUGGGCAAAGACAACGUGCUAAAAGGAGACUGGAGAGGGAACAAGCUACAAGCCAGGUUUAG